UGUCUGGUCUAAGGGUAGCUAACACAUAUUUGAAACAAGCUAAAAGCGUGGAGAUUUUAAAAGCCUAAACUGCACCCCCGGAUCCGACGCCUUGUGCAAGGCGACCUACUCGCUCUCCGGCCACUGCACCUAAAGGAAACCCCAAAAAACUACAGCAGAGAUAUGGAAUCACAGAACUGUAGAGCUGGAAGGGAGCCAGGGGUCAUCUAGUCCAACCCCCUGCAAUGCAGGAAUCUCAGCUAAAGCACCCGUGACAGGUGACAAAGGCUCCCUUCUCCGUGCGCAAACAAAAAACGACCCGGUGGGGCUGAGAGAGCCGGAAGAUCUGAUUCCCCCAUCGCGAUCGCGGAACAGAAACCAGAGGCAGAGAGGGGAGGGAAAUAAUAACAGAAGCUCUUGCUAAAAGCGUCCGGGAGGUUUCCGCACUGAGCAUGUGCCCGACCCCUCGGCAUGUGACGGGCUGAACUGUGCUCAGCUGACUGCUGGGCGGGCGAGAGAAACGCGGAAGCGGAGCUGGGCUGCCCUGCGCCGCUUGCUUUCUGCUUGCAGGGGAGCUGCAUCAUGGCUGCGGGCGGGGAGCCGCCGCGUCUGUGGCUGCUGCUGCUUUUGCUCCUGCAGUUGGAGACGCCCUGCAGCUCGACAUGCGCCUCUCCGGGGCAGCAGGGGUGGCCCGUGCCUUACAGGCGUUUUGAUUACCGCCCUAAAACAGAUGCCUACUGCCAGGCUCGUUACACUUUCUGCCCAACUGGCUCUCCCAUUCCGGUGAUGAGAGAUGACGAUGUCCUGGAAGUAUUUCGGUUACAGGCGCCUGUCUGGGAAUUCAAAUAUGGAGAUCUCCUUGGUCAUAUGAAGAUCAUGCACGACGCUGUCGGUUUCAAGAGCUCCUUAUCGCAGAAGAACUACACAAUGGAGUGGUAUGAGCUCUUCCAGCUGGGGAACUGCACAUUUCCUCAUCUCCGGCCCAAUUUGCUGGCCCCUUUUUGGUGCAAUCAGGGGGCUGCCUGCUUUUAUGGAGGAAUAGAUGAUGCCCAUUGGAAGGAGAACGGGACCUUGGUUCUGGUGACCACAAUCUCAGGAGCUAUGUUUAAUCAAAUGGCGAAAUGGGUGAAAUACGACAACGAAACUGGCAUUUACUACGAGACGUGGAUGGUCAAAGAGAGCCCGGAGGAGCAGGCCAGAGUGUGGUUUGAGCCUUACGAAUGCUCCAAGUUUGUACAGAGGACAUACCAAAAGCUGGCUGAGCUGGGGGCCAUUUUUAAGAAGAUACAAACAAAUUAUACCACUAUUACUCUCUUCAGUGGAGAGCCCGUCUGCUUUGGAAAUGAAACGGCUAUAUUUGGACCACACGGAAACAAAACGCUAGCUCUGGCCAUUAGAGACUUCUAUUCUCCUUUCAAACCUUAUCAUUCCGUCAAAGAGUUCUUUCUAAACCUCUUGAGGAUAUUUGAUGAAGUGGCUGUGGACCAUCAGUUUUACCUCUUCUAUAACUUGGAAUAUUGGUUUCUGCCAAUGAAAUAUCCUUUCAUGAAAAUAGCCUAUGAAGAAAUCCCAUUGCCUCAUUCAAACAGCACAAAGUUGGGCGUGUAGUUUUUCUUAAUGCCCUUUUUUUUGUAUAAAGACACCAAAAAAAGGCAAAAUAAAACCCCCAAACCCAUUUUAUGCUGAGUUGCCUCAGAUGUCUUUCAGGCUGACAAAGAUGCCUGAAACUACUGGGAUAUACCUGGAUUUUUACUAACGCUGAAAAGGUUAUCUGCACAGGGAAAUGAAUGCAUCAAACCUAAGCUAUUUCACCUUUAAUUUUGUGAGGGAAUGAUAUUCUUUUCCAAGCCUUCAAUUUUGACUUCCAGAGACACUUGAUGUAUGCACUGGAACCAAUGUGGGUGAAUAAGGAUGGUAAAUAAUUAUUCUAACGUUCUCAUUAUGUGCCCUGUACCUGAUUUGAAUGGUUGCAUUUAAACGUGGGAGCAGCCCUCCUGAGUGAU